AGAAAAUUCAAAACUUAAAACUUUUUGAAAUGAAAAUUUAUACAAGUUUGGUUGUUGUUUUGAUUCUUAUGAUGAUCUUGGGGAUGACGAGGGCAGCACCAAGUGCUGCCCAUUGCAAAAAAGAGAGGAAGCUCGCCAUCAAUGCCUGCAUAAGUGUGAUGUAUGGCAGGCGUCCAUCAUCAACUUGUUGCAAACGAGCUCGGGUUAGCCAUGUUGAGUGCAUAUGUCCUGUGAUCACCCCUGGGUUGCUUGCUACCAUCAAUGUCAAUCGCCUUGUUAAAUUUAUUGAAGGUUGUGGACGCAGAGUCCCUCGACCUUUCACAUGUGGAAGUCUUACGAUACCAUGAAAAGUGAUAAAGAAGAUCUUUUGUUGAUGAUAAGAGGGAGAAGAACUUUUGAUUGUGUCUUAAGUUUUAUACAUAUUUGAAUUGUCGCAAAAAAUGUUUAAGAUAUGUUGUUUAUUUCAUAUAUUGUUUUUAAAUAAGAAUAAGGUUAUUUUAAUGGGAGCUGAUAAUUCCAC